CCUUCCAUAUCUGCUGACCUUGCAGCUCCAGCUGCUUGGCAAUGGAUCCAUGCUGUCCAAAUGCCAUUAGCAAUUCUCUCUGCUACACUUUCAAUUAUGCACCCUCCUUUGUACAAUGCUGGUCACCAAGCCAUGUGGCAGCUGACUGAGUGGUCUGCCAUGAAUGAUCCCAAAAUGUCAGCAGCACUCCAACACUGGCCAAUGGUUUAUACCAACAUCUCCAUGAUUGCUAACUGGUCAGCUCCCCUCCAUCAUGACCCACAAUCCUGUGCCAACUGGUGUGACAUGCUCAUUAGUGUCAGCAAUUAUUCUGAAGGCAUGCUUGACAUUCCCUCUCUUGGUCUUCAAUUUGAUUACCAGCCUAGCACUGUUGUAGCCUUUUCUGGCUAG